AUGAAGCCAACCAUCCUCUUCCAUCUCAUUGCUGCUGUCCCCUGCAUCCUCGGCGCUACCACCGGCAAACGCUCUGAAUUCGAAGACGGUCAGCCUAUCGACGAUACUGGCAAAGGCGCUUCAAUUCUCGGAGGAACCAACCCUCCCCUCGACCUCCAGAAUCCAGAUAACCUCGGCCGUCCAACAACCGACAACGGCUUCGUCCCGAACCUGAAAUGGAGCUUCUCAGACUCCAAAACCAAGAUCUUCCCCGGCGGCUGGACGCGCGAACAAGUCAUCCAGGACCUACCUGCAAGCCAUGACAUUGCGUCGGCGCAGCAGCACCUCAGUAAAGGGGCGAUUAGAGAGCUACACUGGCAUCGUGUUGCAGAAUGGGGCUUCCUAUACGCCGGCUCUCUCCUUCUCUCCGGCGUCGACGAAGACGGCGGCUUCACGACCCAGAAGCUCGAGCAGGGCGAUAUCUGGUACUUUCCCAAGGGCGUCGCGCAUACUGUGCAGGGGCUGGAUGACGAAAAUGAGUAUAUCCUUGUGUUUGACGAUGGGGAUUUCGAGAAAGUCGGCACAACAUUCAUGAUCUCCGACUGGAUCACACACACACCACGCGAUAUCCUCGCCAAGAACUUCGUCGUCGACCCCUCCGUCUUCGACGCCGUGCCGGCCAAAUUCCCAUACAUCCUGAACGGCAGCGUCAGCUCCGAAGCCAAGCACACGCCGCAGGGCACACUAACAGGGAACAGCUCCUACGUGUACCGCACGUACCAGCACCCCGCGGAGCCAGUCCCGGGAAGCGGCGGCGUAUUGCGGAAGAUCGACUCGCGGAACUUUCCGGUGUCGAAGACGAUUGCGGCGUCGGUGGUGGAGCUCGAGCCGAGGGGGUUGAGGGAGUUGCAUUGGCAUCCGAAUGCUGAAGAAUGGCUCUACUUCCACCGGGGCCAGGCGCGCGCAACGGUCUUCAUCGGGGACUCGAAGGCGCGGACGUUUGAUUUCCGAGCUGGGGAUACGGGGGUGUUUCCUGAAGAUAGUGGCCACUACAUUGAAAACACGUCGGACACGGAAAAGCUCGUCUGGAUCGAGAUCUACAAGAGUGAUCGCGUCGCGGACAUCUCUUUGGCCCAGUGGUUGGCUUUGACGCCGGCGGACGUGGUGGCUCAGACGCUGAAGGUGGAUGUGGAGGUUGUGAAGCACAUUAAGAAGGAGAAGCAGGUGUUUGUGCCGGGGAGUUGA